AUGUUUGGGGUCAAGCGGCCUCGGGAUGAGGACCUGGAGUCCGAGCUGGACAUCCAGCGCAAGGCUCAAAAGUGUAGCCCCGCAUGGAAUCUACCCUCAUUUCCUACCCAGCCUUCCCACUUCCGCCAGUCUUUUCCUCUUCAACCCCCCAUCUUGACCCCCGUGAACUCCUGCGACGAGGAUGAAUAUUUCAGUGCCGCGAAACCAAAUCUGUCGCCCUCGAAUGGCAUUACAGAGUACCACUUACGAAAUGAAUGGAACCCAGUCGGCUCUACGACCAAUCAUGCCACGGUGAAGCCACUCGCAGCUCUGCAAGGCAGUUGGCCUUGGCCAGACAACGGCAACAGCAACCAUACUCAAGCCUCGCUGCCAGCUAUUUCUCACCAUGAAUUCAAUCGAUCGCUCCGUAUCAAUGAAAAUCCUACUACACAUACUUUGCACCCCCACCUUCCGACCGCAAUGCCUCUCUCAGAUGCAGUCAUGAAAGACACGAACUCGAUGGAAUAUGCAGGACAUGCGACAGAAGAACAUUACUUCAUACCAGCUACACUUCCGAGUCCAAUCAGCGACAAUGACGAUGUCACUAUGGGUAGCUCUCCCCCCAAGCGAAGCAGGACAGGUAUCAUACACGCGCCCUUCUCCCCGACCCACGACCGUCCCCGAAAUCCCCCUGGCCUGCCCUGUGUCUCCACGACAUGA